AUGAUGAUCGGACGUUCAACUUUUAGGGCUGCAACCUGGUCUGUCCGUUUUUUUCGUUCCAGUGUGACUGUUAAAGAAUCUACCGCACCAAAAGGCAAAUUUCUUUCACCAAAGGAGCUCGUCAACAAGAAGCAUGCAGAAGAAGUUGAAGCCAAAGAAUUCAGGAACUCGCUAUUGAAAGAAGAGUUUGCUUUUGAACCUAAAAUCAUAAAAGAAGAUGUGGACACAUCUACUAAAAGACCUAUUCCUCUCAACGUUGAAUUAUUGCAAUAUAAACCAAUGAGACUUCCCCGUACGCAUGGCCAUAAAGUCGCUGAGAUCAAAUUUAGAGGGUACGACGAAAAGGACAUUAUCAGAGCUUCUGAAUUUGCCGCCAGAGCAGCUUUUUUCUUGGGAAUUCCAUGCUCCAAGGUACACACAUUAAAGACGGAAAAGCGGUUGUACACAGUGAUUAAGUCUCCGUUUGCUCAGGCUAAAUCCAAAGAGAAUUUCCAUAGAGUCACCUUCAACCGGCUGUUGAUCGCCUACGAUGCAAAUCCUGAAGUUUUGGAUUUAUGGUUGUCGUAUAUAAACAAGCAUGCCUUUGAUAGUGUCAAGUACAUGGCAAAAGUUCACACGAGAGAAUCGCUUGACUUUGCUGAGAAAUUGGCCACAUUGACCAGUGAUGAUAUGAAGUUACCAGAAGCAUACAGUUCAGAUUCCACGGACCCAAUUGCUGCAAAGGUUCAGGAAUUAUUGAAGUCGGACACUUUCAAACAGUAUAUCGACAAAGCAGAAUGA